AUGGAGUCGUCAACCGCCAACGCGUCCGCUUCGGAGGACAUUCAGGGGGACAUCCAGGCUCCGGAGGGCAUGGUGCUCCCUCCCAAGGAUAUCCGCGAUAUCAUCGAGAAGACUGCCGGCUAUGUCGUUCGUAACGGCCCAAUCUUUGAAGAUCGUAUUCGACAGAAGGAAAAGAACAACCCGAAGUUCUCGUUCCUCACCCCCAGCGAUGCUUACAAUGCGUUUUACCAAUAUCGACUUUCCGAAGUUAAGAAAGGCAACGGCAUUCCUGUCGAUACACGGCGACCAGGCGAGCCCGCGCCUGCAGCUCCAGUUGCUGAGCCAGAGGUGCCCCAGGGACCACCUGAGCCCCCCAAGCUCUACUUCUCUGCUCCUAUGCCGCCCAACAUCAAUGCGUUGGAUUUGGAUGUGAUCAAGUUGACCGCACUGCAUACCGCCAUGAAGGGAAAUGCGUGGAUGACGCAGCUGGCUCAGCGCGAAGCUGGCAACUCCCAGUUCGAUUUCUUGCGACCCCAGCACAGCUAUUACCGCUACUUCACGGAACUCGUUCAGCAAUACAUCAUCAUCACGCGCCCGGAGGGGAUUGAUGAGAACACGACCGAGGAGAAGCGAAUCGCCGAGCUGAAGGCAAAUAUCGAGAACCCACACCGCAUUCUGGAUCGUGCUCGACAGCGGGCCGAGUACAUGAAAUGGCAGCAAGAACAGAAACAGCAGAAGGACGACCAGGAAGCCCAGGAACGUAUCGAGUACGCGCAAAUCGACUGGCAGGACGCCGUGGUUGUCGAAACUGUCUUGUUCGACGAGAAUGAUGACCAAAUAGACCUUCCGCCGCCACCUUCCCUCAGAGAACUGCAGUCCGCCUCUCUCGAGCAAAAGGCAUCUCUUUCUCUCAACACCCGACGCAUUGAAGAAGCGAUGCCCACGGACACCAAUGAACCCGUUUACUACAACCCCCACGGUGUUCAGCCCGAAGCUGCUCCCAUGCAGCCACCUACCGUUUCACCCAUCCCUACCCAAGUUCCCUACUCAGCUCCCGUCGGCAUGGACACUGUCAUGCAGGACUCUGCUGCUGCCCAGGCCAUGCAGCCGCCGCUUAUUGAAUCUCCCGUGGUUCCUGCUCGGCCCGGUCAGCAGCCUAUGCGUAUCCGCCAGGACUACGUGCCGCGUGCCCAAGCUCGCCGCCAGGGUGCUGCCGGUGGCACGGCUCUGUGCCCGAACUGCAAGCAGCAGAUCCCUAUCACGGAAAUGGACCAGCACAUGCGUAUUGAGAUGCUCGAUCCACGCUGGAAGGAGCAGCGUGCCAAAGCUGAUUCUCGCAGCGCCACUACUAACCUUUCAACCGCCGACGUCGCUCAGAAUCUUAAGCGGCUGGCUAGCCAGCGUAGUGACGUUUUCGACUCGUCUCUUAACCCUAGCCUCGACGCCGACGCCGAGGGUCGUGCGAAGCGGAUGGCAACUCCCGAUGACACUGGUGCUCCCGCCCCAGGCCCAGCCUUUGGUCCCGGAGGCGUACCAAACCCGCAGACCAUGAAUAUCGAAGACCAACUCCGCCACAUUCACGAACGUGCCCGGAAGUAA